GAUAACGUCGCGAAUGCGGCAAAACAUUGUCGGUGUGCUUUCAACGGUGAUUCGUGAUGAAAUUCGCGCUGUGCUUCGUGUGUCUUUUGGGUGUGCUGGGUGCGUUUGGCCUGGAGCUGCCGAAUGGCACCCAGCGGCUGUUCCGUGCACAGACCGCAUGGGAACGGUUACAUCGGGAGCCUCCUAUCCGUGGCGGUUCACCGUCGGGAAAGGCCGGCCCGGUGACGACGAAGUACAUCAUGCAGCGUUUGGAUCACUUUGACCCCCAAAAUGUCAACACCUGGUCGAUGCGUUACAUGGAGAACGGUGAACACUAUGAAGCUGGUGGACCACUUUUCAUCUACGUCGGAGGUGAAUGGGAAAUCUCCGAGGGAAGCAUUUCCCGCGGUCACGUGUACGAUAUGGCAAACCAGCUGAAGGGCUACCUGUUUUACACCGAGCAUCGAUUCUACGGUAAAAGCCAUCCAACAGUCGACUUGCGAACUGAUAAACUGAAGUAUUUGAACAUCGAUCAGGCACUGGCGGAUUUAGCCCACUUUGUCGUGCAGAUGCGGAAGGACAUUCCGGGGGCGGAGAAUGCAGGUGUCAUCAUGAUUGGUGGUUCGUACUCUGCGACCAUGGUGUCUUGGUUCCGGCAGAAGUAUCCUCACCUCGUUAAUGGAGCGUGGGCCUCAAGUGCGCCAGUAUUUGCGAAGGUGGAAUUUACUGAAUACAAGGAAAUUGUGACGGAAAGUAUUCGGUCAGUCGGCGGUCGGAACUGUGCAGACCGUAUCGAGCGUGCCAUCAAGCAGACGGAAGAAUUGUUGGGAAACGGCGAGCAUGCACUUGUCGCUCAGGAGUUUAAACUGUGCAGCGAUGUCGAUCUGUCCAAGUCGCUCGAUAAGAUGAACUUCUUCAGCACGCUGUCGGACGAGUUCGCAGGAGUGGUACAGUAUCACUCGACAGGAGAUAUUGAGCGUUUGUGUCAGGACAUUGAAGAUUCUACCAUCGCGGACGAUAUGCAGGCGCUGGCCAAGUUCGUAACCAAAGGAUUAUCGUCGACCAAUUGCAAUAGCUACGGUUACAAAGCGAUGGUCGAUUUUUACAAAAAUACUGCCUGGGAUCAUAGUGCUGCUCAGAGUUCAAUGCGCCAGUGGUUGUAUCAAACCUGUGCCGAGUAUGGCUGGUACCAGAUUUCCGGAUCGUCCAACCAGAUCUUUGGCUCCAGCUUUCCGGUUGAAUUAUUCGUAAAGCUGUGCGGCGAUCUGUACAGCGGAAUUUUCGAUGAAUCGAGAAUGCAGAACAAUGCCGACAGAACUAACGUCAUCUAUGGCGGUUGGAAUCCGGAAGUGACAAACGUUUUCUUCACCCACGGCCAACUGGAUCCCUGGCGUGCAAUGGGAAUCCAGCAGGAUCUCAACGAUCAGUCACCGGCCGUAGUAAUUCCGGGAGCUGCACACUGUGCCGAUUUGAGCUCCAUUACUGCUCAAGAUUCAGCUGAAAUGCGAGCAGCUAAGGAGAAGAUUUUGGAGCUUGUUAAAAAGUGGCUGGCAUAAGGUUUUGUGUGUUUGUUUCAGCGUACGAUUAAAACGGGGGCGUCAUGUAGAACCAUA